AUGGCGCCUCUUCUCCGCCCUCUCGUGCUCGCGCUCCUGAUCGCCUCCUGCGCAGCGCAGCAGUCACCGCCGGCGCAGCCCCCGCCGACGCCGAACGCGCCACCGUCCAACUCCCCACCCCAGGCGCCUCCAGCCGGCAACCCGCCGCCGGCGCCCCAGGCGCCUCCGGCAGGCAACCCGCCUCCCGCGCCCACCGCCACUCCUCCUCCGGCUCCGACGUCCACGCCGCCCCCGGCACCACCGACCACUCCUCCCCCGGCUCCCACGACGCCGCCCCCGGCCCCGCCGACCACUCCUCCUCCAGCGCCCACCACGCCGCCUCCGUCACCGCCCGCAAGCCCGCCACCCGCUCCCACCACCCCGCCGCCGUCUCCCCCGGCGAGCCCGCCACCCGCUCCCGCCACCCCGCCGCCGUCUCCGCCCAUGGCGCCGCCUCCCGCCACGCCCCCUCCCCCCGCCACCCCGCCGCCACCGGCCGCCGCGCCCACGCCGGUCCCGAGCGUCGCCCCGACGCUCCCGCCCGUGGCGACACCCGCCGCGUCCCCGAAGAGCCCCAAGGCGCCGAGCCCCGCCGCCGCCACGUCCCCGGCGCCCUCGCUCUCGCCCACGGGCACGCCGACAGGCGAAGACUCGGGUGCGAGCGCGCGCGCCGCAGGAUUCGCCACGGUCGUGGCGUUGGCGGGCGCCGUCCUGCUUUGA